UGCUAUGCACAAUAACUGCGCAGCGUUGUUUGCCUCCAACAGAGUUGCCUGCAUGUUCAUGGGUGUGCCGACGAAUUUAUUCUGAAGCUUCGUUUUGACUGAAUCUCUGUAGAAGUACAUCUGCUGCCAUGAGUUACGCGUUGUCCACUACAGUUGCAGUGACGGUUGGAGUGGUGCUGGUCUCAACAGCAGGUCUCUUUAGUUAUUAUUACUUCAACAGGAAAAGGAAACCACAGAUUACCCUGAUUAAUCCCUCUGAAAAAUACAAAUUGAGACUAGUAGACAAAGAGAUCAUAAGCCAUGAUACCCGCAGGUUUCGCUUCGCCCUGCCCAGUCCAGAGCAUGUUUUGGGAUUACCAGUAGGCAAACAUGUUUAUCUCUCUGCUAGUAUUGAUGGGAAUCUGACUGUGCGUCCCUACACACCAGUGUCCAGCGACGAUGACAAGGGAUUUGUUGACCUUGUUGUGAAGAUUUAUUUUAAGAAUGUGCACCCAAAGUUCCCAGAAGGGGGAAAGAUGUCCCAGUACUUGGAAAGUUUGAGGAUCGGAGAUGUGAUUGACUUCAGAGGACCAGGAGGUUUGCUGGAGUACAAGGGGCAAGGUGAGUUUGCUAUACAGGCCGAUAAGAAGACCCCUGCUGAGACUAAGACUGCAAGAACGUUGGGUCUUAUAGCUGGAGGAACAGGCAUUACACCAAUGUUGCAGCUGAUUCGUGACAUCAUCAAAAACCCAAGUGAUACAACGACAUGUAGCCUGCUGUUUGCCAACCAGACUGAGAAGGACAUUCUGCUGAAGGAUGAUCUGGAGGAGAUUCAGGCGAGGCAUCCGGAUCGCUUCAAACUCUGGCUCACAGUGGACCAAGCUCCUGAAGAUUGGGAGUACAGUCAGGGCUUCAUCAGUGCUGAGAUGAUUCAGGAGCACCUGCCUCCACCCGGUGAUGACUCUAUGAUCCUCAUGUGUGGUCCACCUCCCAUGAUCCAGUUUGCAUGUAAUCCCAACCUGGACAAACUGGGUUACAGGCAGAGCCAACGUUACGUCUAUUAGACCGUUCUCAAUGCUCCGGGCCCAGACACAAAUUACUCAGAAUUACUCACAAAUUAAGCUACAUUGCACAAUUCUGUUUAAGCAAAUGUUGCAUUACAAAUCUCAUCAUCAUAUAUAUAGGGAAUAUCCGUUUUAUGGACAGUAUAUAAUAAAUAUUAAAUGUUUAAGUGCUAGUCUGUCCGGAGGUAAUUGGUUCUCUAUAGUAAUAGCCUAUUAUUCUAAUACGAUACAGAGACGAUCUGCUGUAUCCUCAGGCUUUAUAUUAUUUUGGCUUGAUGUGCUAUAAAACCUCAAUAUAAGAGGAUAAUACUACAAAACAGCCCCAAUUUAAUGCACUAAAAAAGGAAGCAGUGUGCACAAUAUUUUAAUUCACGUGCCUGUGACGUGACUGACAUUCAUGCUUGAUAUAUGUAUACAUUUUUAUGAGAUGCAUUUGCGGUCACUGAAGUAUUUUUGUAUGCAUGCUGCACUCCAUAUAUAUUUAUCUUUUAUGUUAACCAUAUUUUAAUUUAAAAAGCAAUACAGUUGUCUUAUAUGUAAUGUACUAAAAAAACAACAAAAAGGUGCUUAUUAAAUUGUUUUCACUUGCA